GCUAGCCAGCAUAUGCAAAACCCAACUGUCCAUCAUUGGAACAUGGUGAACCGGAUCCUCAAAUACAUCAAAGGUGCGCCCGGACAAGGCAUCUGGAUGGGACGCAAUGAGAACACGGAACUGGUAGGAUAUUGUGACGCUGAUUACGCCGGCGACCGCGAAGACCGUCGAUCAACAACCGGAUAUUGCACAUUCCUAGGAGGCAAUCUUGUCACAUGGAAAAGCAAGAAACAAAAGGUGGUAUCACUUUCAAGUGCUGAAGCAGAGUAUAGGGCCAUGAGGAAACUGACUACCGAACUGAUGUGGCUUAAGACUCUACUGAAGGAUCUUUGA